AUGGAGGAGAGCAGCGAGAAGGAGACGAGGAGUCAUCAGCGUUCAAGACAAGAAAUAGGAAAGCAAGGACAAGGUAGACCGUCGAAGUUAAGGUGCGAGAAGGAAAGGAAUGCGGCAGGUAUGGAUAAAUUUAUAAUAAAAGGGGAUACAAAAAAGGUAGAUGACGAAAGUGAGGAAGGGAACUUAAGAGAGGGGGACGAGGAGAGUGAUGCAGCAUGCCGGCAAGCGGCAACAGGGGGAAAGGGACACGAGGGGGCCAAGAAACAACGAAGAGAGGAGAGCGAAGGAGAGGAAGCUGAAGGCGAUGAGCAUUUUGACGAAAAGGCGGGGAGGGAGCAGAGCGAAAGCGGAAUAGAAGAGUUUAUCGACGGAGGGACAAUGGUGUUUAGUAGAGGUGACGAGAAAAGGCCAAAAGACGUAGGACGGACUAUCCAAAGGAGGGGAGAGGGGAUACAUAUGAGGAAUGAAGAAAAAUCAUGCGACAGUUGCGCAAAAAAAUUUGAUAAAAUGGAGAAAAUGUUAUGGAAGACAUUGGAGAAAGUAAAGGAGAACAAUUCGAAGAGGAUCGGGGUAGUUGAGGGGAAGUUGUCUGAAGUGAUGCAGGAAUUGGAGAGGAGCAAUAUUGAGAGAAAGAGGCUAAAGGCGAAGCUGGAGGAAGAAGGGAAACAAAGAGAAAUUUUGGAAAUGAGACUAUGCAAUAGAAUUAAUAGGGAAAUGGAAACGGAGGGGAACGGACGACGCUCUAAUGCAGCAACACAGGGAAGGAUCAAGGACAUCGGCGAAGAGAGGAAUACGGCAUAG